UAUUUAAAUUUAUUAUCAGACUUUAUAGAACAAUAAUUAAACGUGCCAUCAGAUGUCACGAGUCAUGCAAUUUAUUCUUCUUAAAGUUCAUCAAUUAUUAGACUCUACAAUUAAAUGAGCCGGUUGAAUUUAAUACUAACAGAACGACCUGAGCGGAAUUAAUAGCAAUAAUACCCUGAAACACAACAUCACUGGUCAGGAAGGCCCAACAACGUCUCUACUUCCUGCGUAAGCUGAGAAGAGCCCCGGCCCCCAUCAUGUCCACCUUCUAUAGAGACACCAUGGAGAGCAUCCUGUCCAGCAGCAUCACAGCGUGGCACACCUCCUGCACCUCCUCCUGCACCUCCUCCUGCUGCAGGACCCUCCAGCGCAUCGUGAAAGCAGCAGAAAGGAUUGUCGGUGUCUCUCUCCCCUCCCUCCAGGACAUCUACAGCACCCGCCUCACUCACAAAGCGCUCAGCACUGGUGACCCCACACAGCCAGCCUGCUGCCAUCAGGGAGGAGACUGAAGAGUCUGAGGACCAUCCGACUGAACAGCUUCAUCCACCAGGCUGUCAGGAAGCUCAACUCUCUACCACCCCCUUCCCCCACAUACACAAACUCUGGUCAAUAACCAGCAUAUUUGCACUUCUUGGACUAUUAUUACUCAUUUGCACUGUUCUGAAUAUCCUGCACUAAAUCCAUACCUGCCAACUACUCCGGUUUUGCCGUAAUGAUUACGGUUUUCAUGAUCCCACUCCGGGUUACGGUUUUAUUAAUCAAAAUAAGGAUUUUCACAUAGCAAUCAAUCAAAAAACAUCCAAAAACAUGAAACACAUUCACGAGAUCGCUAAGAACAGUAUCUAAAUUUAGACCAGAAACAAUCGGCACUGCAUGCUGCUGAUAGACGGCUUGCAGUGUUUAUAACACAAGUGUUAACAUCGGUAUGCGCGCGCAGACCCGCUGCAGGAGCUCCUGAAAAUUUCACUUUAAUAUUCUUGUUGAGCCAGUGUCUGAUGACUGGGGUGUCUCGGCGUUCCCUGGACAAGAACAGAAAGAUAGCGUUUAGGAAAUUGCACGUCUCUGCUUUGGCCGCAUCAAUGGGCUGGCUUUGAGAAGGACGUGGCGGCUGUUGUUUGGGGCUGCCGCCGCUGACAGCCGGACACGGAUGCAGCAGACGGUGUGCUGUCCUGUUGCUGCUGGCCUGGUUCGGCAUGUUGGGUAUUAAAGUAGUCCUUCAACGCGUUAUCAGGCACUACUUUGACAUACUGCACUGUCCUGCUAACGGGCUCAGGGCUUCUCCGGUACAUCAACAGGAACUGUGAUAUCAACGUAACGACUGCUCCGGAGAACGCGGAAAUCAGUAUUAAGUAAAUCAUUUCGAGCAGCUGCCCUGGCGCCUUCUCCUGCUCAAAGUGUCUUCAUAACCAAACGUUUAGCCGCGGUAACAAAGCAAGUUCCUCCUGGUCGCUCUCAAAGCUGCCAUAUCAUCUGCUUUACUUCGAUUCUGACAGCCGACAGCACAAGAAGAAGUUCAUAGUAACUGGUCUAGUCGUGAAAAAUGUGCCGACUCUACUGUUGAUGUGUGAGGACUCUGUGAAUGUUAGGCUUUGAAAUGACAAGACUUAUUUUACAUAGAGGUAUUUUUGAUAAGUCAAUAAUGUUGUUAUUGGGUAUAAGGAUUCAAGUUAUAACUUCCAAAAAUAUCUUUUCAUGAACAGAAGUAGGUAAUAUUUCCUAAUGACUUUAUGGUAAAUGACACAUCAAAAACUUGUUUAUUAGAAUGAGAAAUGUCAUCACAAUAUUGAAAAAUGUGAUCUGGAUGCCUGUGAUAUUUUGAGUUUAGUACCUGUCAAAUUAAAGGAACAUUCUGAAAGGCUAUAUAUUAUUAAGUUUGUCCUUGAUCUUUUCCAUCAGCAUUUAUGAAUUGACACUUUAAAGGCAUUAGAAGAGAUUUAAUUUCUCCCUGACCCCCCUCUAACCUCCCCCCUCUUAACAUUUACGAAGAAACGCCCCCCUCCAGAAACUUGCGUAGGAGUCGUAAAGUUGCCUACAGCCGCAGUAUAAUCAAUAAUCAAUAAUACAUUUUACCUGUCCAGAAGGAAUUUAGCAACCAAGGCAUCUGUCUUUAGGUCCAUUUGUUGCUUGAGCUGACGCCAUCGCCCAAAUGACUCGCCAAUAAUCACUUUUGUUUUUGCAUUCUCGGGAUCCAGUCGUCUUUUAUUUUCUCUGACCUCAAAAAAUGCCUUUCUUUUACGGCUGGGUCCCCCUGGAUCUUUAUCUGCCAUUAUGUAAAAAAAGAUGAGCAAAACAAGUCUCCAGCUAACUACGAAGCUAUACCAAAGCAACACAUACAGAAAACACGUAAGUCCAAGGCGUACGUAAUCUACGUAACUAGGCCUGAGCCGGAAGAUUUUUGAUUGACAGGAAAGGGAGCAAACCAAACGCCUCGGUCCGAGCGCGUUGAUUGGCUGAUGUUUUUCAGGUCCUGCCAUGUCCACAGUUUUUUUUUUAAAUUUUUAUUCUUUUAGAAACAUACAUACAAGUCCACUAAAGGUCAGUAUAUUCAUUUUAUGUGAAUCAGACAAAUUAAACAAAAAAAAACAUCCUCCAUAAUGCCUUUAAGUAACAUGGAAACAUGAUUCUUAGCCACAUUCUCAGUUGAUUUAAUGCUAAAAAUCAUUUGGCGUCGGGGGGGGCUUCGCCCACCUGAACCCCCACCAGGACUUUGUCCCGGACCUACCGGGGCCUGCGGCCCCUGGACCCCGGCUGGCUACUAGGCUUUUCCGGUUUCAAAAGUUGGCAGGUAUGUAAAUCUGCCACUUGAUUAAUGAUGUGCAUCAGUUGACUCAUCAUUAAUUUUGCUAAUUUAGUUAUUUAUUUAUUUGAUAAAGUCACGUGUGACGUGAUAUUGAGGAUUUCUGCUGUUAUUUGGGUCGAAGUCACGUGACUGAGGGACGAGUUAACAGCUGUUCCACUAAAAUUAACCCUUCACGUGAUUGGCUGGAUGGCACACACACAACCAUGUACGGUGUGUGUGUGUGUGUGUGCACUUUAUUGACAGCAGAAGACCAGCAGAAGCAGAUGGCGGUGUCCCAGAUCACGCCCACCCUGUUCCUGGGUGGGGCCGAUGCCCCCCUGAAUGCUGCUCUGAUGUCACAGAAAGGCAUUACGCUGAUCGUCAACGCCACACUGAGCCAUGCCUGCCCCGCCUACCCGGGGGUGGAGUGUGUUCGGGUCCCGGUGUCCGACCUGCCCAACGCCCGCCUCGGUGACCACUUCGACCGCGUGGCCGAGCGUAUCCACGGGAACCGAGCCGGCGGCACACUGGUGCACUGCGCCGCUGGCAUGAGCCGCUCCCCGGCGCUGGUCAUGGCCUACCUGAUGCGCUUCAGGGCCGUGACGCUGCAGCAGGCGCACCGCUGGGUGCAGGACAGCCGGCCCGCCGUCCGCCUCAACAUCGGCUUCUGGGAGCAGCUGCUGCAGUACGAGAGGAAGCUGUACGGGAAGAACACCGUCAGGGUGGAGGAGGAGCCGCCCGGCAAGCAGCCGCCCGCCAAGCAGCCGCCCGCCAAGCAGCCGCCCGCCAAGCAGCCGCCCAGGGACCAGAGCAGUCGGCUGACAGUGGUACCAUGGUCCCCUCUGAUGUCACGGUCCCCUCUGAUGUCACGGUCCCCUCUGAUGUCACGGUCCCCUCUGAUGUCACGGUCUCAGCUGCUGACAUUAGCAAACAGAAGGCGGUCCAAAUCCAGUGGCAUCACAGUCUGAGGAGCCGCUCUGGUCCCGGUUCUGAGCAGAGACUUGGUUCUGGUUGUUUGUCUCAGUUUGUGGGUCCAAGUUCGAUAAACGUUGACUAAAAUCUGAUGUUUCUGUUUGUGUUCUUAGAAAAGGUUCCGUUGAACAACAGAGUUCUGCUCAGAAUCAGAACCACAAAAGAACAUUCCAACAGAACACUGAGGCAGGUUUUAAAUUCCAUCCUGGAUUUUCCAGGGAAACUUCCUGAUGUUGAUCAGAACCAGAACCAGCUGGUUCCCUGUAGAACCGAUCUCCAGAGAACCAGCUGGUCAAAUCAGUGAUUUUCUUGAAAAGGUUCCACCUCCUGAGAACGUGGGUUCUGUGUGAAUCUGAGACAUCCGUUUUAGUUUCUUCUUCCUGUCACAGUGAUGAGCUGUCCAGAGGCCCAGCAGGAACAAAAACAACAAAUAAACAACAUGUAUGAACAAUGACGCGUGUUUUAAACAGAUUAAAGCUGCAGGCCAUUCAUCAUAUCAGGGUCAGCUGGGAUCUGCUGCAGCUUCUGAUUAAACAUGGAAGGAGAUGAGGAGACGGCGGUUCCAGAGGUUUUUGGAGGGAAUUCCAAACAAUGGCUGCAGCAAAAUGAAAGGAAUUCCAGCCAAAGACAGUGAGAACCUUGGAGAUGGAGAGUUCUGAUCUCUGGACCUCAGGUGUAGAUGUUAUGGAGGUUGGAGGAGGUUGGAGGUACUAAGAUCUUCUCUGAUAGGUUCUGGGAGAUGAGGAGAAACCAGAGCUGGAGUCUCCAAGAGUAAAGGGAAGACCAACCCACCAAUUAGUAAAGGAAGGUGGAGAAAGGCUGAGUGAUGGAUGACAUCACCGUAGUUGAACAUGAGGAGGAUGGUCGUCUUCACAGCAGAGCAUGUAACGGAGGCCUAACUAUGGUAGAGGAACCCCAAUCUGUAUCUGAUUUUAGCCUGUAGAAUGAAGAGAGAGAAGAGUCCAUCCAGAGACCAGGUUCUGGGAGGAACCGAUGAACUCCAGAUGUGAACCAUCUGCUCAGAUGAUCUACUGACCUCUCAGAGAGAACAGUUCAUUCAUCGUUAUUAUUAUUAUGGUUUUUUUUACUAUUAUUUCAGAGAACAGAGGAGAGAGACAGGAACUGUGAGGAGAACAGUGAAGGACAGACCUGCAGUAAAAGGCUGUGGGUCGGGCUAGAACCCAGUAGAACCCAGUAGAACCUGACCUCUGCAGCAGAACUACAGCUGCUGGAGGCACCAGAUCAACCACGUUUCUUCUCACAUCAUAAACUUUGAUCCUGAAGAUGCAGCUGCUGUGAGAACCUAAAAACAGUUUCUGUGAUUGAGUGGAUUUUUUAGAACCUCACUGAGUUCCUUCAGCUGCUGUUAGAACCAUAAACCCGUUCCAUCUGAGGGCUGGACUUCAGCAAGAGGCUGAGAGAUGAACCUGGUCAGAGUUUACAAUGUCAGGAAGACGUAUCUCUAGAACCUGCUGAAUCUCCAUGGUAACCGAUGCUGAGGAGCUAGAUCUCCAUGGUAACCGAUGAUGAGGAGCUAGAUCUCCAUGGUAACCGAUGAUGAGGAGCUAGAUCUCCAUGGUAACUGAUGCUGAGGAGCUAGAUCUCCAUGGUAACCGAUGAUGAGGAGCUAGAUCUCUGAUUAGAACAUUAUCUGUUGGUAUUUAUGACAGAAUAUUCAAUCAGUAACAUUAAUUCUCUUUCAUCUGUCCAUAAAUUAAAGUUAUUUCCUUCAUUAUGGGAUGGAGUCAGACCUACAUCCACUUUAAUAUAACAUCAUCAUUGGAUGUAUGAAGUUUAAAGUUGAACAGUUCUGAUGUGUCAGUGAUCAAUAAUCAGCUGUAUUGAUCAGUAAUAUAAAUAUAUUAACACCAGAUUAACAGUUUUUCAGCAGCAUUGCUGUCCUGCAUCAUUUACAGCAGCAGAACCUUAAAGUCCUCAUUUUAUUUCCACUCAGCUCUACAUUACCUGCUGACUGAAGGAGGAACCUGAUUGGUGACCAGGUACAGGUAGAAACACCUCCUGAUGUCUGACUGGGGUUCAGCUGCUAACAGAGGUCUGGAUCUGGUGGACCUGCUUCCUGGUCCAGUCUUCAGGUGUCCUCUAAGGAUCAGGGUUCCUGAGGUUAAGUCCUGUCCUCCUUCCAGUGAUUUUACCGACUAAUAAAUAAUAAAUCUAAACUGUUGCUGCUCAUCACUAAUGUCACAAAAAUCAUCAUCACAUUAAUUAUUUUACUUGAAAUGUAAAAGCUUACACUCUAAAAAUAAAUAAACAUGUUUGGUUCUGUGACCUUUUA